UAUGACCGAGCCCACAGCUGCACACUUCACCGUCACGCCUCUCCACGGCAUCGGUGACGCCAUUUUCCACUCAUUACUGCCUAUUUCAUAAUACUCCACUGAAUCCAGACCACCUGCAGUAUGAAAUAUAGGCAUAAUGCUCCUCCGGUGAUCAUAAGAAGGAUCAUAAGAUCCUUCAGCCUUGCCACCAUGCCUAACACAACCAAAACCAAACAGACCUUCCCAGUGAUUAAGGCUGUGACAACCCCCACUGGCACCGUUAAUGCAUGAUCAGUGCCACUGGAUCCAUAUGGCAUAGGUCAGCUGCAGGGUCGUCAGCUGGGUACCACCGCUCAACAACAUUUCGCUCCUUUAACUGCAGAACAUCUACUGGUGGUGGAGCAGUGGCAGGGCCAUCUCCCUGCCACCCCCUGCAACUACUACCCCAACACUUCUCCUUUCUCUGCAUCCAGAGCCUCUUCUGCCAGGUUUUUUAGGUCCUUCCGCUGGUUUGCUCCAGUUACUCCCAUAUCCCUCAGGAGUCGAACAGUGGAUGUUCCAACAAAGUCAUGGCAUCCUACUUUUACUGGGUAGAUGAUCGGCUCUCCAGCCAGCCGACGAGAUCAAAGUACUUCAGCCUCUUCCUCUCAAAGGCAUAUUCUAUUCUUGCCUCCCAUGGGACAGUUAGCUUGAUGAGGAGCAUGGUCUUGGUGCCACUGGACCACAUCACUGUAUCAGGGCGGAGACUUGUGUUGGUGAUCUCACUAAGGAACUGGAGCUUCCUGCCAAGAUCAAGUCUUAUUCUCCAGUUCUGGGUGAAAGGAACUAUCCUUGAGGGAAUUCUUGGCGUGGUGCUUGUGUUGCCCCACCUUCUCUCACAAAUUGGAAGUGCUGACAUACUGGUGGAGGAUGACCUCUGCUUAUGGCCCGUCUAUGCCCCUCCAACACCUCGGCCAAUCUGCUCAGGACUUGAUCGUGUCACCACCUGUAGCACUCUUGGGAGAGCGCAAUCUUGCAGCCUGAAGAAAUGUGCUGGAGACGUGCAUUUGGACUGCUACAGUGGGGGCAGCACACUUCCUGGCCAAACCACUGGUGCAAGGAAGUGUGUUGUAUGUUGCCCUGAAAAGAAAACUAAGCCCUGUCUGAGGGAUUUUCCACAGGUCUGCCAUGCUGAUGUUUUUGCCAACAGUGCCUUCCCACAUUGUCCAGUCCCCUGGUUGUCUCUGUGCUACUGUCUUGAUCUUAUAGUGCUCAUCCUCAACCAGUCACCUCAGACACUACCAGCUCCUUCCUCUCUUUCCUGUUGGCCUUGGACCAGACCUGCGGAGCUUCUCCCCACCCAAGAUGAGUCCUUCCUAUCUGGACUCUGCCGAGGAUCUUUGUUUUGCAGCCUGCAAAUUGGCAGCUCAACUUCAGCAUGGGCUUUCCACUUGCGGCCCGUGUGGAUCUUGACAUUUGUACUCUGCCUGGUCAGUGGACUCCCUCACCCCCAUACUAGCCUGGUCUUCUCCUGCUUGUAGCCCAUGAUGAUGGACUGCAGUGGCAGCUGUAAGAUGUUUUUCCAAAGAGACCUGUUUCAGAUAGGCAUCGUGGCAAGUCCACACACUUUUGGUUGAGAGAGUUGGCUUUCCCAUCCAUCUUGUUUAUUGUGGAUAAGGGGAUUUCACACAAUUUCAACGGCCAUUAUCGAUGAAAGAGUGGCGUGAUGCCCAUUAUCAGUUAGUUUAUAAUCAGUUACUGUCAUUGACAAGGAACACAGUGGUAAUAAAUCUUUAGACUUUAUAUUUCAUCCUCUCAGUGCGAGUGUCUUACGUUCUGUUUGUCUUUAUUUUAUGUUUACAUGUUAAGGUGUCUGAUAAAAUCAAACCAAGUUUUGUAAUAAUGCACCACAGAGCUUUGCACCAAACCUAAGUUUCCCAUAAGGUCUGGAAGUUUUGUCCAAUCUUCCAGCCACUAGAGUUUGUGUCAAGGAAACAUACAGUACCGAGGCCGUUCUGUCCACCCACAGCAUAGAUCCUCAAGUUGACCACCACCAGUCCAUGGUUCUUCCUGGCCUCCCUCAUGCCGCACAGCACUCUCCAUCUGAGAGUACAGGACAGUUUAAUCAUCAAAACUUUCUUUACCAAAUAGACCAUCUGACUGAUGAUACGAUGAUAUGUAACGGUGCAUUAAAAUGAGUGCAAUCUAAAACCCAGUUUUAGACCAAUCAGAAUCAAACAUUCAACAAGCGUUGUGUUUAUAAACUGGUGUUGCUAAUCCCUUGAGAAAGUGUUGAUUCAUUUUCAAUAAAAUUCCAGCUUCAAACCUUACAUUAAUGCUCUAACAUAUUAUUGUUUAUAUAAUAGCAACGUCUUUCUUUGUUUGUUUGUAAUUUAACACCAUUUUAAAAUUUUCAUGG